GUAGGAACAUGUUGACACAUGGAUAUAAUUUAUGAGAUAUUUGCUGAAAGUCCUAGUGAGGAACUGUUCAAGCCCAAAGUUUUUAGGAAAUUCACGAAGACCGAGCCAUAUGAUCUACCCCAGCUGACAAACACCACGCAGUGGAACCGCCAGCCAUUCCUUUGGGACUUUGUUCUUGGAGGUGUGGAUGUCUACUCCUUCGGAUCGCGUCAACAGCGGAAGCUCUUUCCUCUGUACCACCCUCCAAACCAGUUGGGGAAUUGCUUCCUUCCCCUUAGAGGAUCGCCUGACGUAGGCCCUGGGCGUUACAUAGCAGAGGAUAAUGGGCUGGCCUACAAGCUGUCUAAGAUUCCGACAAGUACAAAAGGGUAUGCCCUUGGAGCCAGAACUGCUGCGAGGUUUAAGCCACUCAGUAAGGAUGUGACACCUUACCCAGGCAAGUACCAGAGGGUAACUACUUCGGAGGAAAAACACAAACAAAAUUUUGUUCCAUUUAAUGUCUUGCUACCUCGAUCUGGAAAAUGUUCAAAGGACAUUUCUUCUUAUCCUGGCCCUGGUGCUUACAACCCAGAGAAGAAGGCACCCCCAAAAGUUGCUUGGCCAAUGAAAUUUGGAUCUCCAGACUGGACUCAGGUUCCAUGUCUGCAGAAAAGAACCUUAAAAGCUGAGCUGUCCACAGACAGAGAGUUUAGGAAGCAUCGGAACCGUGUCGCCUAUUUCAGACUGUUCUACAACUGAGAUGUGGUCACUGUCUCCACACGCUCCUCCUGACUACAGAAUCUUCAGGAUUGAAGAUGGGCCUGCUCUUCUCCUUCUGCAUUGCUGUGGCCCUCUGUCUGCCAGCUUAGGACCUAGGGAGGAGCAAGGGGCUGGUAACUACUAUGUG